AUGUUACGGCAUCGGGUAGGGCGCUGCAGUGCGGGCUUGGGGCUUCGGCGGGGGUGCGGGGCCGUGGGUCUGAGGGGGGUGGGGGGUCGGCGCGGGGGGGUCGGGGGUAUCGGGAGGUCGGGGGGAGGAGGCCGCGACCCGGUCACGAGUCACGAGUCGCGAGUCGACAGUGCGGCCGCGGCGCUCGCCGGCGCACCGCGCCGCCCCCUUUUG